AAUAGUCACUAUCAUGACACAUCUUCAACAUAAGGAAAAGCUUCCUCCUUGGAAACGUUUUAUUUGCUAACCUUGGGGAGACGUUGGCUCCUUGUUGUGGUUGGCAGCCUGAGAGGUAACUCGGAAACUGUUCGCACCGGGAAGCGGAGCGUGUCAGGCGCUGAAUGUGUGUCACCAGUGAUCCGCAGCUAGCUUUGUAGCUCAGGAGCUCGCUAAAACAGAGCAUUGCGUGCUAGUGCGCGCUAACGCUAGCUAACUGGGAGACCGUAACAUUUAACGUAGGAGAGCUGCGGUCAGCAAAGAGAGCAGCUCAAAGAGGGACCUGCUGUCCGUGUGUCUACAGGACAUGCUUCAAAAUAACCACACAAACAAGUCUCUGGAGAGACACUGAACUGAAAUUACAGGCUACAGAUGAAGAUGAACACACAUUUCCCAUGGUUUCCUAUGAAUCUCACCUGGAGUGGGAGGGCAUUGUGAGAGAGAAGGAAGGAGCACAAGGGGACUGUAAACAAGAGUCAUGAAUCUCCAUCAGGUCCUCACUGGGGCUGUCAACCCUGGAGACAAUUGUUUCUCUGUAGGCAGCGUCAACAAUGUGCCAUUCACGGCCUAUGCGUCAGGUUGUGACGUGGUGAUUUUGGGCAGUGACUUUGAGCGACUGCAGAUCAUCCCAGGGGCCAAACAUGGCAACAUCCAGGUCGGCUGUGUCGACUGCUCACUGCAGGGUGGACAGAUUGCAGCUUCCUAUGGAAGCAUUGUGUGUGUCUUUGAGCCUGUUCAGCACCCAGAUCAGAAAGACACAUCGCUGACUAAGGUGAACUGCCAAUGGCAGAAGACUGGUCAAUUUGUAUUAAAGUCUAUGGUACGGAACCUGGCCUGGCACCCCACAGGCAGCACUCUCUUAACGGGCUCUAGUAGCCUCCAGUUGUGGUCUAAUGUUGAUGGAGUGAAAGAUGAAGCUGAAGAAGAGGUAACACAGACAGAGAUGACCAUAAGAGACUCUCAUUCUGCCUGGAGGUGCAUCUGGGAGAGCAAGACGGCCUCUCCAGUCAGUUUAAUGAAGUUCUCACCUGAUGGGGAAUUCUUUGCUACUGCUGGACAGGACGACUGCCUUGUAAAGGUGUGGUACAGCACAAGUAAGUGGAAGUCAAGUGUUUCCAGACUCUUCACACCUCCAGAGCACAGUGUCGGUGUCCAGGGAGAGCUGGCCUUUUCCUUUGUCUACCUGGCCCAUCCCCGCUCUGUUACCGGCUUCUCUUGGCGGAAGACCAGCAAGUACAUGCCACGAGGUGUAGUGUGUAACGUUUUGCUCACCUGCUGUAAGGACAGCGUGUGUCGGCUCUGGGCAGAGACACUUUUGCCAGGUGAUAGCCUCCUGUCUGGUCACCAUAACAACCACAUCGCUGGCCAACACAGUGACACACUCAGAUGUGCUGGUUCUUCUAGGAAAAACACCUGCAAUGGGAAGACGCAAGGAAGAACAGCACAGGAAUUGAGUUUUCAAGAAUCGUUGUACACAUCCUUCUAUCGGGACGGGCCCCAACCCUCUCUGACCGGCUGCCUGCCUCAUCAUCAGAACAGACACUAUAACCACAAGAAGAGCAGCAGCAGCAUGCCCCACGCCAAUGCUCUUUGCCACUUCCAUAUUGCAGCAAGCAUCAACCCUGCCACAGACAUUCCUCUUCUGCCCUCGAUCUCUUCUCUGAGUGCUGUGGAUGACGAGGAACCUGGUGGCCCCUUUACUGUCCACUGGCUCAACAACAAAGAACUUCAUUUCACUUUAGCAAUGGAAGUCUUCCUGCAGCAGCUUCGAGGCAGCUUGGAGCAUCAGAAUGAAUGCUCCCAGGAAGAGCCUGAAGAUGAGGACAACUUUGAUGAAGAAGAUAAUGGUAGCAGGCCAAAUGACCCCCAAGGACCCGAGGCUGCAGAGCUUCCUUUGGCAGCAGUGAAGCACCAGGUGGAUGUGCUGUUAGAGGAGUGGAAUAAAGGAGCGGACAUGUUGUUCAGCAUCCAUCCUAUGGACGGCUCUCUGUUAGUCUGGCAUGUGGACUGGUUAGAUGAAUACCAGCCAGGCAUGUUCAGACAAGCACAGGUGUCAUUUGUGUCCCGUAUACCUGUAGCGUUCCCUACAGGUGAUGCAAUCUCCUUGAGCCACAGUGUGGUUAUGUAUGCCUGCAACAAGAACGUGGAUCUGGCUAUCCAACAUGGCAGACAGCGACCACCUGGGAGCACGUUACCUCAAACAAAAUCGGCUCUAAUAAGCUACGGAGGUCAAGGAAAAGCUGCGCCUAGCAGCAGUCUUCGACUAAGCAUUUUCACCCCCAAUGUCCUUAUGAUCUCCAAACAUGCUGAUGGCUCCCUGAACCAGUGGGCAGUCAGCUUCGCUGAGGACUCUGCGUUCUCCACUGUGCUCAGCGUCUCUCACAAGUCACGGUACUGUGGCCACCGCUUCCACCUCAAUGACCUAGCUUGUCAUUCAUUACUCCCUCUCCUCCUCACCACCUCACACCACAAUGCCUUGAGGACACCAGAGGUAGACAACAUCCUGGCUACUCCUUGCUCUUCUGGUUUCUCUCAUUCAACAUCUCUGCCACGUGGGUCACGGCCCAGCCGGGCGUCCCUUGGUGCAGUUUCCCAGGAUCCCAAUGCGAUCUACAGUGAGCUGAUUUUAUGGAGAGUGGAUCCUGUCGGCCCACUGUCCUUGUCAGGAGGGGUCUCCGAGCUAGCUCGGAUUAAUUCUCUCCAUGCAUCAGCGUUUGCUAAUGUAGCCUGGCUGCCCACGCUCAUUCCCAGCAGCUGUUUAGGUGCGUACUGCAACUCUCCCAGCGCUUGCUUUGUGGCAAGUGACGGCCACUCACUCAGAUUGUAUCAGGCUGUUAUUGAAGCAAAGAAACUUCUCAGUGAGCUCUCCAAUCCUGAGAUAUCAAAAUAUGUUGGGGAGGUGUUCAACAUCAUCAGUCAGCAAUCCACAGCAAAGCCAGGAUGUAUUAUCGAGCUGGACACCAUCACUGGCUUUCAGGGGAAGGAGACGCAGCUCCUGCAUGUUUUUGAGGAGGAUCUGAUCCUUGGCAGUGAGAGAACAGAGAGCACACAGGAAACUCCUGAUUCUCCUCACUCUGCCUUAAGUGAGCCGGCCUUCUCUGCACGCUUUUUCCUCGUGGUGGUCGAAUUGACCCCGACAGGUCGCUCACUCCUCCAUAUGUGGCAUCUCCAUCUUGCUGCUCAACCAGUCACUAUGGAAGAUGCCAUGACAGAGAAGGGUGCAACCCCAGCUUCUUCUUGUAACAGCUCUCAGUUUAACUUUGACACGUUCAGUUCUCCAGUUACUCCGAAAAGUAAACCCUGCACUUCCAAUCUGCAGAGUGCCUGUCGCCUCACUCUAACAACACACAGGCUGUACAGUCAAGAGAUGGCUCUGCCAGAAGGGGUGGAGGCCAUCAGUAUCACACCAUCAGCAGGCCAUCUGAGUGCAUCAUGUUCUCUGCCAGCUGGCCGUGUGCCUUACCUGCUUGCAACUUCCUGCUCUGAUGGAAAGGUACGCUUCUGGAGGUGUAAUGUCAUUGUGACAAAGCCUUCGAAUGUGGACAACUUGGUGUACCAAUGGGAGGAGUGGCCUCUCCUGGUGGAAGAGAUGCUCCCCAACAGCAGCGUAGUAAGCGUGCCAGGUCGCCCCAUAGAGGUCACCUGCUGUCACGCUGGACGGAUUGCCGUAGCUUACAGGCAGAUGCCAAACACACCUCAGAACUCAACACCUCAUCUGAACUCUCACGGACUGCUGACCUUUCCUCCCACCUUGGCUUCUUCCCCUAAUGUGCACUAUAACAACACCUUUCUGACCCCAACCCUCACAGUACAGCGUAGCCCAAAUCUAGCAAACACUAGGGAACCACUGGUCCACAUUGGCAUCUUCCAGUGUGAGUCCACUGGUGGCUCACAGUGGAUUCUAGAGCAGAUCAUAGUUCUGGAUGGCACUGAUCCCACAAGUAACUGUGAUAUUAGCAGUAGCACAACGGGAAGUGCCAGUACUCCAUGUAACAUGGACUUCUCGAUACCCAUUGAGAACUGUCUUGGUUCUACCACUAAGAACCUGGUUCAUUUGGAUUGGGUCUCCCAAGAGAAUGGGUCACAUGUUCUGACUGUUGGUAUCGGAACAAAGAUUUAUAUGUACGGUUGUCUCUCUGGGAAGCCUCCAGAACUCUGUCUAUCCUCUGAUGCCAGUAGAGACCAGAGCUCAUCUCGCCUGGUUCUACUUCGAUCAGUCGAUCUGGUCUCCUCUGUUGAAGGCUCAUUGCCCAUUCCAGUCUCCCUCUCCUGGGUACGAGAUGGCAUCUUGGUAGUAGGCAUGGACUGCGAGAUGCACGUCUACUCCCAGUGGCAGCCCCCAGCACCGCCCAAACCCACUGUCACAAUUGCCCAAGACACCGACAUCAGCAGCAGCAUCUCAUCCAUAAUCUCAGCUGUCAGACAGAGCCAGGAGGAGGGUCUUAGUCCUGGGGUCCCACUGUCUUCACUGGCACCUCCUAAAAGGGCCCUGACAAGAUCGAUGAUGAGCCUGGCUCAAAAGCUUAGCGGGAAGAGAACAGCUUACGACUUGCCUGUGGAGAUGGAAGAUUCUGGGCUUUUUGAAGCAGCUCACCAACUAUUUCCCACUCUGCCCCAGUACCACCCCGUACAGUUACUGGAACUUAUGGAUCUCGGGAAGGUUCAUCGUGCUAAAGCCAUCCUCUCCCACCUGGUGAAAUGCAUUGCUGGAGAAAUUGUCACACUUAAAGACAGCAGCAUCACCAAUCCCGAGAAACGCGUGCGCUCUCGAACUAUCAGCGCUGGAGGCAGCACAGCCAGGGACCGGAAGAUGUUCAGCAAAGCGGAGAACUCCACCCCCGACUACACAGAGAUAAGCUCCAUCCCUCCCCUGCCUCUGUACGCACUUCUGGCAGCUGAUGAGGAUAUGUCACCAAAACCUGAUAAAGUGGGCAGUGUGAGCGGAGAUAGUGGGCAUGGUUCCCGUCACAGUGAUGCUUAUGACGAGCUCUUUCAAACACCCAGCAUAGCGGACCUGGACCCUCUGGACAACGAUCAAGAGGAAACUGGGAACAAAGUCAUUGAUCUGUCUCAGUACAGUCCAACAUACUUUGGCCCAGAACAUGCCCAGGUCCUGUCCAGUCACCUCCUUCAUUCCAGUUUGCCAGGCUUAACGCGUAUGGAGCAAAUGUCUCUCAUGGCACUGGCCGACACCAUCGCUACCACAAGCACAGACCUCAAGGACAGCCAGGGCAAGAGCAAAGGUGGAGAGACACUGGAUGAGUGUGGUCUGAAGUUCUUGCUGGCGGUCAGACUUCAUACCUUCCUCUCUACCUCCCUGCCUCCAGCACACCGAGCACAGCUGCUACGACAAGGCCUGUCAACAUGUCAUUACGCCUGGGCUUUCCACUCUGAAGCUGAGGAGGAGCUGCUAAACAUGCUGCCUGCCUUACAGAAGGGAGAGCCCACCUGGCCUGAGCUGCGCUCUAUGGGUGUGGGCUGGUGGCUGCGCAGCACCGACAAGCUACGCAGGUGUAUUGAGAAGGUUGCCAGGGCUUCUUUGCAGAGAAACAAUGAUCCUCUGGAUGCAGCUAUAUUUUACCUUGCACUGAAAAAGAAGGCAGUGGUCUGGGGAUUGUACAGGUCGCAGAAGAAUGCCAAAAUGACAGAGUUUUUCCGCAACAACUUCAGCGAAGACCGGUGGAGGAAAGCAGCACUAAAAAAUGCCUUUUCUCUGUUGGGAAAGCAGCGGUUCCAGCAUUCUGCAGCCUUCUUCCUUCUAGCUGGCUCCCUUAAGGAUGCUGUGGAGGUGUGUAUAGAGAAAAUGCAGGACCUACAGCUCGCCCUGGUGAUCUCCAGAUUGUAUGAGUCUGAGUUUGAGACGGCAUCCACCUACAAAAAGAUCCUUCGGAGACAUGUUCUGGGACAAGACAAACAGAUUCAAGCCCAGCAGGACCCGUUCUUGCGGAGCAUGGCUCACUGGGUCCUGGAGGAUUACAGCAGGGCAUUGGACACUCUGCUCGAGCAGCCUGGUAACAGCGCCAGUUGUGGCUCCACUGUGAGCCAAUGUGACACUGGUUCCUCUCCUGUGUCUACAUGUAACCCUGAAGUUUUCAAUUUUUACACCUACCUUCGUACCCACCCACUUCUCCUGCGCCGUCAUUUUGGCUCUUCAGACAAGGCCAAAGUUGGUCUGACUGCUGAGGGUCGCAGAGCUGACUCCAUUAGCCUGGAGGAGAGAAGACUGUUUUUCACAGCUGCAUACACACACUUGCAAGCUGGCUGCCCCAUGCUAGCACUUGAAGUCCUGUCAAAGAUGCCCAAAGUCCGCAAGCAUUCCAAACUCACCAAUCAGGAGGACACAGGCAUCUCUACUGAACUCAGCGUUGGGAGCAAGAAUGGACAAACGUCAGAUCCGGACUGGUCUCAGCAGACUCUGAACGGCUACGAGUCCAAUGGAAACAGUUUGUCAGAUUCAGUGUUGAGUUUUGACUGGAGCCAGCCAUCACUAACGCUUCCAGACGAGUCCCUGGAGCUGAAGUGGGACAGUGACAAAAAUGAUGAGGAAGAUGAUGAGGAUGAAGAAGAGACUAAAAAUGAUAAGAGCGGUACAACUUCAGAGGGCAUCCUGCCUGUCCUGGAACAUGCUGUGUCUCCUCUAACGGAGUUGGUGACGGGAGAGGACAGUGAGGAUAGCGAUGACUUCAUAGAACCAUCUGAUGACAUUUUGGCAGCCCAGCUCAAGUUUACUGCCUGCUUGAAGAUUAUGACCAACGAGCUCCGGACACUGUCGACAGGGUAUGAACUGGAUGGAGGGAAGCUGCGUUACCAGCUCUACCAGUGGCUCGAGAGAGAGGUGGUGGCUCUCCAGCGUUGCUGCAGCUACAAGCCCUGCUUGCCAGAGCUGUCUGUCCAGGGUGAUGGCCCUGUUUCUGGUUUGGUGGAGGAGGAACAGCCCGGGAGUCCUCGUGGUGACAACCAGAGGAGCAGAAGACACUGGCUGCAGAGUAACCAGCCCUUACUGAGGAUGUUUCUGAGCUACUGCAGUUUGCAUGGCUCCCACGGUGGAGGCCUGGCCUCUGUACGCAUGGAGCUCAUAUUAUUGCUGCAAGAGUCUCACCAGGAUGACUCCACCCAAUCAGCAGUAACGCCAUGCUGUCAGCAAACCUCUAUCCCUCUUCUGAUGGCUUGCACAGCCAAUGUAAAGACAGUGGUUGCAAAUCCCAUCGUCUACCUGACCAACCUGACUCAUGACAUCUUGCAGACCAUCAAUGCACUCGACUCUCCCCCACAUCCCGAUAUUGUUAACAAUGAGAUCUACGUGCUGCACACACUGGCUGCUUCCCUGUCCGCCUGUAUAUAUCAGUGUCUGUGUGAUGGACACACCCACAGCCAUGUGAACCAUUUCACAGGAACCGUGUAUCAGAGUGUGUUGCUGUCUCAGAAACAGCCAGUCAGAACUGUCAGCAUGGAUGAGUCCGUUCAGCCCAACACUUCCCCAGCACAGUGGCCAGGUAUCGCCUCUCUGGUUCGCCUGUUGAGCUCAGCAGGUGAGGAGAGCCAGCCGGGCUUAGCUGUGCUGCUCUGUGAGAUCCUGACUGCUGUCUUCCUCAGUCUGUUUGUUCACGGCAUGGCCACCCACUCCAGCAACGAGCUGUUUCGCAUCAUGGCCCACCCCCUUAACAGCAAGCUUUGGGUGACUGUUUUUGGAGGAGGCGCCCGGAUCCCUGUUAUAGAGAAACCCAGCAGCCCAACCAGAACACCCCCACCAGCCUCACCAAGUGGUUCAGAGAGGAAGUCAAGAAGAUUCAGGCUUCUGUCAUCACGUAGUGGAUCCAGAGAGGACUCUGGGAUGGAGAGGGAGAGUCCGUCCAGUCCCAAGCAUUGCCCUGUGGUGGAACAAGAAGCAGCCUCCAUCUUUAAAGAACGAUUUAUCCCUCCGGACCUUAGCAUUUGGGAUUACUUUAUCACCAAGCCUUUGCUGCCUCCAUCACAAAGUAGAAUAGAAUAUGACUCAGAGGAGAGCCAGGGCAGUCAAGAUGAAGAGGAUGAAGAUGAUGAUUAUGAAGAUGUGUUUGACCCCAACUCACCGCAGAGAGAGCAUUCUAGUCACAAUUCAUACAGUUGGUGUUUGAUGCGUCUGGCAAUGGUUCAGCUGGUGUUGGUCAACCUCAAGUCCUUUUACCCAAUGGCAGGAUACGAUCUAUUAGAUCUGCCUGUGGGCUCGCCUCUGUGUCACGCUGUGCUAAAGACCCUGCAGCGCUGGGAGCAGGUGCUGCAGAAAAGACUAGAGAUCUUCGGGGGUCCCCCUUCUCAGUACAUCUCCACCCACCUCCAGGAUGAAUCAACCGCACCUGGUCCAGCCCUGCUCAGACACAAGGCCCUGUUUGAACCAUCCAACACCCCGUUCAGGACUAGUCACCCUUCAGCACUGCCAGUGAAGCGUCUGUGGCAGUUUUUGGUCAAGCAGGACGAAGUGCAGGAGACUUUCAUUAGACACAUCUUUACCAAGAAACGGGACCCGAAUGAGUCGGGUGAGGACCAGACUGACUUUAUGAAAUGUUCAGGGAUGGAGGAGACAGGAAACCAUCAGACUGAGUCAGAUCUGGGCUCCCCCGGAGGAAAGGCACGCAUCAUCCACAAGGAAUCUGACAUCAUCACAGCCUUCGCCAUCAACAAGGCAAAUCGUAAUUGUUUAGUCAUGGCCUCCACCCAUGACAUUCAGGAGUUGGAUGUGUCAUCCAUCUUGGCCACACAGAUCUUGACAUGGAUCGAUGAUGAUGAGGCUGAAACCAAAGGUGUUGGUGGUGAUGACUUCCUGGUGAUCCAUGCACGCGAUGACUUUGCCGCUCUCCAUGGCACCACACCGUACACUCACAGCAGCCCUGGCACACCCAUUAACAUGCCAUGGCUCGGAGGAGUGCAAACGGGUCGGGGUGCAUCUGUGAUGAUCAAGAGAAAUAUCAACAAUGUGAGAAGAAUGACCUCCCAUCCCACGCUGCCUUACUACCUGACAGGAGCUCAGGAUGGUAGCGUGAGGAUGUUCGAGUGGGGUCACUCCCAGCAGAUCAUCUGCUUCAGAAGUCCAGGCAACUCCAGAGUCACCAGGAUACGAUUCAACCACCAGGGAAACAAGUUCGGUAUUGUAGAUGCUGAUGGAGGUUUGAGUCUCUGGCAGACCAACACGAGUGGGAACGCACCCAAACCGUAUCUGACGGUGCAGUGCCACAACAAGACGGCUCACGACUUUGUCUUCGUGGGCUCCUCCUCCCUCAUUGCCACUGCAGGUCUUUCAGCAGACAACAGGAACGUCUGUCUGUGGGACACUCUGGUGACUCCUGCAAACUGCCUCGUACAUGCCUUCUGCUGCCACGAAUCUGGUGCUACGGUGCUUGCGAUGGCUCCCAGGCAGCAGCUGCUUAUCACAGGUGGGAGGAAGGGUUGGAUUAGCGUCUUGGAGCUUUGUCACCGGCACCAACGCCAGAGCUUCCAGGCCCACGACUCACCGGUCAAAGCACUGGCAGUCGAUCCGACUGAGGACUGCUUCAUCAGUGGAUCAUCUGAGGGCAAUAUUAAGGUUUGGAGCCUGGCCACUCAGUGUCCACUCUACACCUUCCCCAAUGAGCACGCUCGCCAGUCGCUGUUCAGGAACCUCGGCACUGGCGUCAUGCAGAUCGAGGUGGGACCGGCCAAUCACAUCUUCUCCUGCGGCGCUGACGGAACCAUGAAGAUGAGGAUCCUCCCCAACCGCUUUAGUGUUGUCAAUAACAACAACAACCAUGGCAACCUCAAGAAUGAUGUCAAGUUCAUCAUAUAGACAUAUCCAGAAAAAUAAGGUGUUAAAAUUCUUUUGAAUUGGAUACUGUGAAGUGCAAUUUUAUGAUCCAGCAAAGUUGCCGGCUGUGAAAACGCUGGCUUGGAACUGUGGCCGUCAUGAACUCAUCAACGUGUUUUUGAGGAAUGACAGAACAAUACCAAGUAUUAUCAGUGUAAAUGAAGGCGGAUUAUUCAUAAGAUGUACAGACUUUCACAAAGUGAGAGCCGGUCGUCUGAUCCAUGGGCCCAAGAGUGACGAGGAAGCUAUCACAUGAGCUGUGCUUUGUGUGGGACGCAGCAGCCUCUACAAUAAUUUGAAACUGUGGUAGUGGAAGGUAAAGUGGGCACAGGGUUAACGACAGAGGGCACAGUCAGUCGGGAUAAAACGAAAACCCAGCUGGAGACUGUCCAAAACAAACUCUAGUGAACAAGCACGUGGAGAGCCUUUGUCUUUGUCUGUUUUUGCACAGGAAGUGACGCUGUAGAAGGAGCUGAAGUGACAAGAGACUGUGAAGAGUCUAAAGCUGCAGCAUUGUUCUUCUCAUACAGCAUCACCUUAUCACUUUAUUUGUAUUAGUAAAGCCGUCAUGAUAGUGGAAACCGGAGAGUUUGUAUGGGACGAUAAGUGAUCCCUUUAGGGGUUCAAACGUCACCACAGGACUGCACCACCAUGUUGAACCCACUCAGCACAAUGCAGUAAGGCCAGUGGACGUCGUACAAAGCACAUUAUACCCAGUCACAAAGAUUCACGGCGCAUUCUGGAGCUCCAUACACAUUUAGGACGAUCAAAUUACACAAAGAAUCCUAAUUUCAUAUCGCUAGUAUUAUUCCUUUUAGGAAUGUGGACAAAAUAAAUACAUCUUAAAUUUAUAGCAAUAGUUUGGCAUUUUUGCUUUCUGGCUGAAGGAUGAGAAGGUUGAACUCACACUGAUGUUAAAGCUCCAGCCAGCAGCUAGUUAGCUCUUUUUUUUUUUAAAACAUAUUUUAACAUUAUUAAUUAUUGAGUUAGUUAGUUGCUGGUCAGUAGAUUUUACCAUUGGACCGAGUUGUUUCCUUAUUUUCAGUCUAACUCAAGCUGACUGUGCUGCUGACUGAAGCUGAGAGUGGAGUCAAUCUUAUUUAGCACUAACUCUCUGCCAGAAAGCGAAUAUACACAUUUCCUAAAAUGUAGAAAUAUUCUUAAUUUUGAGGUUACAUGUGUGCCAUGACCAACUUUUUUCUUAGUUUUCAUGGACUACCUGAAUGCACCAUUUCUCUUACUCUGUUUGCACAUAAAAAGUAAGCUAAAUUAUAUGUGGUGUAAUGCAUAUAACUCUACGAGGCUGGAUAUCAGUAAAGCAGUCCAAGUCUUUUGAAAUAACAUUAAUAUAUAGUACAAUGUUUGUUUAUCCCGGCUUAGAUCUGGUAUUAUUAUUAUUAAGUGUCCUUAACAUCUGAAAACUCUGCCACGCUGGUCCUGAGAAUAUUGAUUAUUGUUGCACAAAGUAGCUUUAAUUUAACAAGGCGCUCGUUGGGAUGGGGCACCAUGAAUAAUGGCUUUUCUGGCUGCGUUUAGUUUUUUUUCUUUUUUUUGAAAUGUUCAAGAACAUGUAGCAGGAAACUUUGCUGUUGACAAUGGAUAGGCGUUUGGGAGGGGGCGGGAUAGGGGAGUUAAAGAAAUCUUAAUGAAUAUUCUGCUUUGCUGUGGAAACGUUUUAUUACAAUUACAAUGCACUUCCAUUUCAUUGACUCCAAAGUGUAAUUUCCUGUACGGACCAUGAUUGGGGGAAAAAAAACUGGAAACAAUUGUUCGCCUUGUGGUCAUCUUAAUUUUAUUAGCAUACUUUAUCUGGCUUUUCACAAUUAUAGUAAUUACUUUCGCUUCACUUUUUUUUUUUUAUCAUUUAAUUUCUUGAUAUAUCAUCCAAAUGCAGCACAUUGCCUUCAGUACAUGCUUAGAAAAUGUAAUUUAGGUUGGUGUGUAAUAUGUCUUCCACAUAAAUGAGGAAGGGGUUCAACUGUCCUAUAGCCGUCUAGUCUGAAGGAAUAUAAUCCAUUAAGCUAACUAUCCAUAGAACCUUGUUGUGCUGCUGAAGGGGAAACAAAUGUACAUUAGCUUUGAUUUCAGGGAGGAUAAACUGAGGAAAAACCUUUUAGAUGAAGCAGAUUUAUUGCAGUUAUGUAUAUACAUAAAUCCAUAGACUAGGCUUCUCAUAAAGAUGGCGUAAUCAUAACUAUUCUUAGAUAAACAGUGGGUAAAUGGCAAGGAGCCACUUUAUGAAGAAUAUCGUUCUGUACAAAUAGAGGUAUAUUUAUGAAAUAUGUUCAUAUUUAGGAUUAAAGACAGAUCAAAAGGCAGGUAUAAUCUGAUUUCCUGCUUUUUCUCCUUAUUAAUUUUUUUCUUCUUUUUUUUCUUAUUUCCAGAUGUGGGCUUUAACAAUCACAUUGGGAUUUUUGUUUUCCCCCCACAAAUCAAAGUGGUUGGAAAAUUAUGUGUACUCUUGCAGUAACUUGAGAAUAAAAUAAUUUUUAUCAAAGCCAAACUAUGUACUUCGACAGAAGAUGGAGAAUAAAGUACAUUUUAUCAAAGCGAGUGUUCUUUUCCCCGCAUGUAUACUGCUUAUUUUCUUUUAGACGCACCACAAACCGAUCAGUUUAACUAUAUCGACGUGUAGGGUGUAGCUGUGGCGUGAGUAAAAACUCACUUGGCUUAAAAAAAAUAAAAUCAUUUUCAAUUCUGACUUCUUUCUUUUUUUCCCCCUCUUUAAUCUUAAAAAUGUGAAUUUGCUCAGAUAAUUCUAAUUUUAUAAUGAUGUGUAAAUCGAUGUAUUAUAUACAGAAAAUGUACUGAUGUAAUAAAGUAUAUAACAUGAGCAGAAGUUUUUUGUAAUUUUGGAAAUGAAGGAGAUGGUCGAUCGGCGUCUCGGCUUCAGUAGAUACAGUUUAUACAUUAGGAAAAAAUAAAUCAACUCAACUCCA